AUGUUCUCGACGACGAUCACGACCUCGCCGACGGUUAACACGCGAUGCGCGCGCGGCGUGAGGUGCCAUCGACGUCGUCGCGGAUCGCACGCGACCGUGAACGCGAAGAGUGGGGAGAACGACGCGGGAUUCUUGAAUUCACUGAAGAAGCUCAAUCCAUUCGCCAAGAAGGGAACGUCCGUCGAACGCGCGCGUCGAGACGAGGUCGAGGCGUCGACGCGCCAGAUGACGGAAGCGAUCUUUGGAAAGGGAUUGGGCGGGAAAGUCAUGGGGGCGAUGGUGAACAAGGUCGCGGGGUCGCUGCGGGAACAGAUGGCCGCGGCGGGCGAGGCGAGCGCCGAGGCGUACGACGACGCGGUUCGCGCGAUCAAACUCGAUCGCGAGCUGGAGAACGCGCUCGGGGGUGAAAUAGAGUGCGGACCUGUGAUGUCCCAAAGCUCGAGUUCGAGCGUCGUGAACGGAAAGAAGACGUCGAAAAUCGUCAUCGGGUUUGCGGUGCAGAGUCGGCGCACCGGUCGGCGGGCGUUUGUGCAAGCCGAGUCCGACGGCGAAAAUACCGUCGUGAGCGCACGAGACGACGCUGGACGCGUGUUUCAAAUCGGCACGUCGAGUGGUGCGAAGGGAUCCGGGAACACGUACGACGAAGUGUUCGACAUCGACCCUAACGACGUCAUAGACGUCUGA